AAUAAUUUAAUGUAUUAUAAUCUUGAGAUGGAAGACCACGUGUUUCGGAUUAGUAGGUUAAUGAGACGGUUAGUUUAGAAUCUAUCAUAUCGGUUGCUGGUAGCUUCAAGAACACCCAUAUCAUCCGCCAUUUCAUCAUCUCUUCUCUGUUCUUCCCGAUCGAUUCAGAAAAGGUAUGGAAUCAAAGUUGGAGAAAGAUGAAUUCUUGCAAGAAGCUAAUGUUCAGAAUCCUGAUUCCCAGCGACACACAAUCUCAAAGGGGGUAAAAGUGACCAGCAAAACUCAUGAGGGGCUUAGCAACAAGAGUUCUUCUUCCUCUUUAGAAGCAGAAGAGGAGGAUGAAGAGAAGGUGAUAAAAGAGAUGAAGAAAAUUCAAAAACAGAACAAGGUAACUCAUUGUUUGGUAUCAGCACUAAUAGUGCUGACCCUAACAUGGCAGCUCUCAGAGGUGUCUCUGAUCCUUAAACUGAAAGAUGGGCUGAAUCACCCGCUCCGAUCUUUGGGCGGGUUUGUCGCCGGGAUGUUCAGACGUCGUAAACUACCCAUCUCUCAAGCAGAAGAAGAUGAUGAUGGUCAGAGAUUGCUGGGAAACCAGAAUAAGCAAGGCAGUGGAGCAGCAGCACCCUUCCCCACCAUUAAGAUCCCUCAUCUGUCCCUCCCAUCUUUAGACUUCAUCACACAACAAUGAUUAUACCAAUGGUUAUUUUAAGAGUUAGUUUCAUCUGUUGCAGUUUGAGUAUGUGAAAUUGUCUCUUGACUCUCUUCUACCCAAAAAAAAAUUGGACCAUUUCUCGAUUUGUGCGUGUUAUCCUUGCGCAGGGGCCAUGCUAAUCUUCUCUGUAUUGUUCCAAUUUUAUCGGAUGUCCUC